GCAUGAGUUUAUGACUUGGGUAGUAAAAUGGAUGGAAAAUACUUGUUUAAAACCAAUUAAACACAGGAUGUUUUGUUGGUGCAAUAAUUAUUAAAAAUGGACCUCACAGCAAGAGGCACUGAAGAGUGUAUUGUCUCUGUAGAAAAGUGCACAAAAAUCUCUUUAUUAAAUGAGUAUCAAAAUACAUCACCUAAUUCUGACAGAAAUUAAAAUACAUAUUAUUAAAAAUUGCUUAGCAAAUGGUCUCAUGAUCUAUUUCCACUAAUCAAGAAUUAUAUAUUUAAAGGGCAUCCCUGCAUCUGUUUUACAUCAAAAUCAAAUAAAAGAUUUCCGUACCAACUGGUUUUAAUUUUUUGUGCCCCAACAUAGAUAUGAAAAUGAAUUAUGAUGUAAGCAAACUUUUUUUACAAAAUGUUACUUCACAUAAUACAGUGAUUGAAAAAAGGUGUAUUUUAUGUUACCUAUUUCAUCUAGAUCAAUCAUUGUCAUCUGUUAAAAUCUGGGAAUAAAUUGAGUGAAAAUGCCUUUAAUACUGUGACUGCUUGACUUUAAAGACAGGAUUUCCUGUAUUUUUGUGUCUAGGUGCUGAGGUUCCUUAGUUAUUUUAGGGGUUAAAAGCUGUAGUCACUGAUGCGUAUAUAUUAGGCUGUAUUCAUAAAACACGGCAUGUAGCCUGCCUCAAACGAUUACAGUCUAACAACAGAGGCCAAUAGAAAGAGGACAAGAUCCAAGAAAGCUGAGGAAACAAUGGCAGUAAGCAUCUAUUCCAGCCUUUUGCUAUUGUUCCUGACCAAUACUGUGUGGACUCGAACUGUGAGACAAGCCUAUGAUGUGACAGAUCCUGAGGACUGGCCUUACUUCACCUUCGAAUGUCCAAAAGAAUGCUUCUGCCCUCCUGGUUUUCCUAAUGCUUUAUACUGUGAUAACAAGGGACUUAAAGAAAUACCUGCAAUCCCAGCAAGAAUUUGGUACCUCUAUCUUCAAAACAACUUUAUUGAAACAAUUUCUGAGAAGCCUUUUGUAAAUGCCACUUAUCUGAGAUGGAUAAAUUUAAACAAAAACAAGAUCACCAAUAAGGGGAUUGAAAAUGGUGCACUGAGCAAAUUGAAGAGGUUGCUUUACUUGUUCCUGGAAGAUAAUGAAUUGGAGGAGGUGCCUGCUCCUUUACCAACAAGCCUGGAGCAGCUGAGACUGGCUAGAAACAACAUCUCCCGGAUUCCUGAGGGAGUCUUUAGCAACCUGGAAAACCUCACACUGCUAGAUCUGCACCACAACAUGCUGUUGGACAGUGCUCUUCAAAGUGACACCUUCCAGGGACUCAGCAGUCUCAUGCAACUCAACAUAGCAAAAAAUUCUCUCAAGAAAAUGCCAUUAAGCCUUCCAGCUAAUACGAUGCAGCUGUUUUUAGACAACAAUUCUAUUGAAGUGAUACCAGAAAACUAUUUUAAUGCGAUACCCAAAGUGACUUUCCUUAGACUGAACUACAAUAAAUUAUCUGAUGAUGGUAUUCCCCCAAAUGUGUUUAAUGUUUCAUCUAUUUUAGACCUACAGCUGUCAUACAACCAGCUCACUAAAAUUCCACCUAUCAGUGCUCAACUUGAGCAUCUUCACCUUGAUCACAACAGGAUCCAAAAUGUCAGUGGCACUCAAAUUUGUCCAGCCUCAAUUAGCAUAGAAGACUAUGUUCCCUACAAUGAUUUCCCACGCCUCCGCUAUCUACGCCUGGAUGGAAACGACAUUCAGCCACCAAUUCCACUGGACAUCAUGAUAUGCUUUCGGCUUCUACAGGCCAUUGUUAUUUAAAGAAACAACAUCUGACCACCUCAUUUGCAUUUGCCAGAUUUUUAAGAAGCAAAUUUUGCUGGCAUGAAACCUGUUCUAAUUUAUAGUUCAAUCAGUAACAAUUUUCUUUCAAUUUUAAACUUUCUUCCUUCUACAUUUUUACAUUUACAAAAAGUAUUCUUCAAAAAAGGGUCCCCGGUUCUAUAUGGCAUAUUUGCUUGAUUUAAAAAAAAAUCAUAUUGCAAAUAUAUUGCAAGUUAUGAAUUAUUACAUUUCCAAUGGUUCCAAAGCACACUCUUGUUUAUUGUUUGAUUUUCUUGUUAAACCAUAUAUUAAAUAUAAGGUCUGUUAAGGCCCUUGCUAUACCACCAAAUUAUAUUAACCCUAAACAGCACUGUAAUACUUAAUUUUUUUUUAAUUCAGGUGCACUUGAAUUGACAUGCAUGUUAAAAAGUCAUGUAUUACAUUAUUACAAAUCAUAACAAACACUGGCCAUCCCUAACAUAGCCAUCACCAUAAGUGGUAGUGAACAGUCUAUCAUUCUGUAGAUAAAAUUGAACAAAAUAUUUACUUUGCAUAUGGAAAUAUUUCAACUGAUACUUUUUUCCACAGGUAUGCAAUGUCUCCAAGGAAGAAAACAAUGUAUUGCAUAUAAAUAUAAAAACUCAAAACUAGAAGUAAGGAAAUCUAAGGUAAAAUCCUGGUUUCAUUGAAGUCAACCACAGCUUUGCUACAGACUGCAGUGGGAUAAGGAUGUCAUACCUAGUCUUUCCAUUCUUGCUUUGCAUCUGUUCUUCUCUGCGGCCUCAGAACAAUCACUUAACUAAUGUGUUUUACAUAGGACAGAGGUAAAAUCUAAAAACAUUUGAAAAGCUGUUGCUGUUAUACUUGUUAUUGCUAAGAUAUAAAGAAACCCUAAAGUUUAUGCAUCAGAUACAUGGCAAUGAUGUGGUAACAUGUUUUCACAGGAAGAACAGACCAAGAAUAAAAUCAAAUAUAAUCAGUUCAGUGUAAUACUUAGUAAUCUAUUGGCACAUGUAACAACACUGGAUUUAAGCAAAUCCAGAUGCUUAGAGUGUGGCACUUUGAAAAUGCAUUAAUAGUGGCAAUGCCAUUAGGAUAUCUUUUUAAGAAGUAGUUAUUUAUAGUAAAUUAUACAGGCAGUCCUUGGAUUUACGACACAAUUGGUUCCUG